AUGAAACUCGCACUCUCUUUGCGUCUGUCUCGUCUGGCCCUCCGGUUUUUUGUUCUGAGCAUCGUCUACGGUCAGGAUAUGCGGUUCGCAACUCUUUUUGGCUCCGCUUUGGCCCUCGCAGCAUCGGUAUUUGCAUCAACCACCGAGAGUACGGCGCCGGAAGUCGUCGCGACUGCUGCUUUCCCCGAGACUAAUGCAUUCAACCAUGUUGUGAAUGGGGAGAAGAAUCUCCUGACCGUUUCUGUGGAAAACAAAUCAGACCGGAACGUCACCCUCGUCAACAUCGCGGGGGCCCUACUCCAUCCUGAUACGAAUGCCGUGUUGAAGAAUUUGACCGUGGUGAAAUAUGGUGUCCCUCUAUUCGAGAGUGUGAAAUUGCAAAUUCCCUACUCUUUUUACAGCGAGUUCAAGCCUGGUGACCAUCGCCUGAACAUCUGGCUAGAACACUCAUCUGAGGAUGGAACACACAAGGUUGAAGUUUACGAUUCCAUUGUGACGGUUGUAGAUCCCGACUUCUCCAUUUUCGACCUCAAGCUCCUUUCUACCUAUGCCAUUGUUGCCGCGAUCUUGGGAGGCCUGUCGUACCUUGCUUAUCGUACUUUCGUUCCUCAGACCAAGAAACCUCGGGGCAAGAAGGUUUCGGCACCUUCCGUCAGCGCUCCCGUCGGCACUGUCACUGCAACUGGCGCCGGCGGCUACCAGGAGGAAUGGAUUCCCGAGCAUCAUCUCCGCAAGGGCAAGUCAAGCAAGAAGCAAGGUGCUACCAGUGGUACCAGUGGUGAUGAGCUCAGCACUGCGGAGGCGACCGCAACUGAGGGCAAGAAGAAGAAGGGUAAGAAGUAG